CUUUCCCAGGAUUUUAUGGCUCAUGUCGUUCAUCACCUGGCAGCCAUCGCGUUGAUGAGUGGCUCUUGGUGUGGCAAUUACGUGCGGCUUGGAACUCUGGUGAUCUUUGUGCACGACACUGCAGAUUUCUGGCUCGAGGCAGCCAAAAUGUUUAAUUAUGCUCACUGGGAGAAAACCUGCAAUGUGCUGUUUAUCAUCUUUUCUGUCGUAUUCUUCAUCACCAGGAUGAUYGUGUUUCCCUUCUGGAUUCUUCGUGCCACACUGUAUCAGCCCACCUACUACUCCACGACUCCUGUCAUUGCAUAUUUUUUAUUCAAUGGGAUGUUAUUGACCCUCCAAGGCUUGCAUAUAUACUGGGGUUACUUAAUUUUCAAGAUUUUGAAAAGGUUCGUUUUCCUAAAGGACUUGAAAGAUGAUCGGAGUGAUGAAGAGGAAGAAGAUUCUCUUACAGAUACUGAAGAGGAGUCCACAAAGAAUGGCAACAAGAACAGCAGUGGGUUGAGCAAACACCUCCUAAGCAGCAGYCACCACUAGCCCUGUCCUGCAGUGAUUUCUGCUCUGCUUUUAGCCCAACCUACAGGAUAGGAUUUAAGUCAAAAGGCUUGUGAGAGACUGUGAUUGAUUUAUUGUUGGCUACUGGACCUGGAAAAAAGCCCAGUUUAGAGGGGAGGGAGAAAUUGCAUAACAUGACCAAAUGUGUUAAUGACCCACUUUCGGAAUCGUUGCGGAGYGUGCGGAAAGAUGUUUGGACACGCUGACUGCCAGUGCUCCACAAGGGCAAAGCUCAAGAGAGUCAACUAAUUCAGUGUCCCGUUGAUUCUAGUGUU